AUGACAUUUCUCAGCAAAGUUUUUGGUUGCUUCGGCUUCUUGACAAGACGCCACUCGUCAGGACAGUAUAGUAAGAGCAACCAAGAAUGUAGCAGCAUUCAGGAGGAGCCCAUCCAGAGACCUCCAGAAGAUACAGGUGUGGAGGAAAAGAUGGGCUAUGAGGACUCUCUUGAUGAGAUGGAAAUAUUGCCAGAUUUCUCCACUGCGGCAGAACCAGUGUUGAUUCAAGUAGCAAAGCCAUUGUUGAUCCAGGUGGCACCUCUACACCCUCUACCUGAUGAGGUGGAAGUAGGGCCACCUUUCUUCACUGUGGCCGAACCACUGACGGCUCAGUUUGAAGAACCUGAAAAGGAAACUCCCUCUGAUGAGGAGAAAAAAUUGGCAUGUUCCUCCAUUAAAGUGGCAGAAACAGUGAUGGUUCAGGAGGCAACUUGGCAUCUCACUCUGCCUGCUGAGGAGGAAAUACUGCCAUCUGUGGCAGAACCAGUGAUGGUUCGGAUGGUUCCUGCUGAGGUGGAGCAAGAGCGUCCACCUGAAAGGCGAGGGAGGAGAAGGACAAAGAACUUCCUCUCUGCUGAAGAGGAAAUACUGCCAUCUGUGGCAGAACCAGUGUUGGUUCAGAUGGUUCCUGCUCAGGUGGAGCAAGAGCGUCCACCUGAAAGGCGAGGAAGGAGAAGGACAAAGAACUUCCUCUCUGCUGAAGAGGAAAUACUGCCAUCUGUGGCAGAACCAGUGAUGGUUCGGAUGGUUCCUGCUGAGGUGGAGCAAGAGCGUCCACCUGAAAGGCGAGGGAGGAGAAGGACAAAGAACUUCCUCUCUGCUGAAGAGGAAAUACUGCCAUCUCUGGCAGAACCAGUGAUGGUUCAGAUGGUUCCUGCUCAGGUGGAGCAAGAGCGUCCACCUGAAAGGCGAGGGAGGAGAAGGACAAAAAAGGAGAGAAAAACAGUCUCUUCAAAAUGUCCAGAUGCAACUCCACCACCAGCAAAGCCAAAACUUGCUUGGAUGGACAGCCCUGCUCAAAAUACCAAGGCUGAUGAAGAGAUGAUGAAGAAGGAGAGAGAGGUUGAAGAUGAAACUCCUGAAAAGCAAGAGACAGAUAGUGUAGAAAUGAUAGUGGAGGUGGAUCUAAGGAGAAUGAAAAAGGAGAGAAAGACUGAAUAUGCAACUCCUCCACCUGCAAAAGUAAAGCUUGCUUGGAUGGAGAUGGACAACACAAAAGUCACACAUAUGAAAAAAAGAGAAGAUGAAAAGGAGUCUGAAUGCAGCAGCAAAAUCAGCCAGCAGUCCAGCAGAAGGUGGAAGGGAUUUCAUCUCUUUUAUAAACUGGCAGAGAAAAAGAGCGCUGCAGAGAAAGAGAAGAAGGAGACCAGAAAAGAGGAGAAAAUACAAAGGAAAUUACUGCACAAAAAAUGUGUCAAUGAUCCAUCAUGA